UUCACUGCACAGCUGACACAGAUUGUAGGAGCGCAUGGUGGUUAAACGAGUUGCAAAUGCUUAGAGUCUUGUGAGAAUUGUUUGAUAUUUUGGUGCAUGAAGACGGGUUGUGUUCUUUUUGUGUUAUUGUUGUUUAUACUUUCACAUAAAUAAAAAUUGUGCCUUUAUUUUAUGUUUAUCUUUAAAGAAAAAAAACUGUGAUAUAAUUUUGUUUACAUCUUGUGAAAGUUUCUUCUGACAAAAUAGGAGCUUUUGUGACAUUUCUUAGAGGAAGUUUAGAUUUUUGACAAAUGGCAAAAUCGAUAUUUUCCUACUUUCGUCGACAGUUGGAUGAUAUUUUGUUUUCAAUUGUGGGGUACAUCAUGCGGAGGUUUCUGCGAUCCGCUAUGAUUGUCUUCAGUUGGUUUGUUGUGCCGUACAGCCGAUUUACCAAUAUGAAAACAGCCCGCCAGAAAUUGCCACCGAUCAAGAGUCAUCUGCUGGAAAUACCUGCUGUGGAUUUGGCCAAACUUAUUCGUACAAAAAAGAUUAAAAGCGAAGAAGUGGUGCAGGCUUACAUUGAACGAUGUCAGCAGGUAAAUCCACUUAUCAAUGCCAUCGUUCAAGAUCGAUUCGAAGAGGCACUAGAUGAGGCACGAGAAGUCGAUCGUGUCAUUGCAAUGGGUAUCAAUACAAUCGACUCUAUGGAAGAACUCACUCCGCUGUUGGGUGUUCCAGUGACAGUUAAAGAAAGUAUAGCUGUCAAAGGUCUCACCAAUCAAGCUGGACGAGUUUUCAAGACACCCCAAAUUGCCAAAUCAGAUGCUCCUGUUGUUGAACAGAUUAAGAAAUUCGGUGGAAUUAUUAUGUUAGUUAGUAAUACACCAGAACUUUGUUUGUUAUGGGAAACAUACAACAAUGUUACCGGGCAAACGAAAAACCCCUACGAUCUUAAGCGAACACCUGGUGGUUCUUCUGGAGGUGAGGCAGCCUUAUUAGCUAGUGGAGCAUCUUUACUCGGACUUACUUCAGAUAUUGGUGGUUCUUCUCGUCUCCCCGCGAUGUUUAGUGGAAUUUGGGGUCAUAAACCCACACCCUAUGUAGUAUCAUUCAAAGGUCAUCAUCCGACUAGUGACUUCCCAAAGUGGGGAGAUUUCUUUACAAUUGCACCAAUGACACGUUACGCCAAAGAUCUUCCACUUCUCUUAAAAUGCAUGGCCGAUCCAACUGGUCCCAAACUGACUUUAGACAAAGAAGUCAAUGUCAGUGGAAUACGUUUCUUCUUCAUGGACAACGAUGGACCAUCUGGAAUGAUGCGACCUUUGAGUAAAGAUCUCCAUGCAGCCAUUAACAGGGUUGCCGGUGAUUUCAAUGCCAAACGUGUCAACAUUCGCAAAAUGAAAUGGUCCUUGGACAUAUCCCUGUCAGCUAUGCUGACUAUGAAAAACAUUGAAACAAUUUACCACAAGACCGAAGAAGGUGAACGACCAAAAACCGUUUGCACCGAAACCGUUAAAUAUUUCUUCGGUUGUUCAGACAGUAUUUUACCAUCUGUCAUAUUUGGCCACUUGCAGAAUUUCAUGAAAAUCAUACCCAAUUCCAGACACAAGCAUCUGGCAACCAUUAUCGAAGCUCUUAAGACUGAAUUUAAAGAACUCUUGGGAACAGAUGGUGUAUUUUUGUAUCCAACGUUCCCCAAUACUGCUCAUCAGCAUUAUCAAAUAUAUCACAAGCUCCUAGAGCCAAUGUACAUGGCCAUUUUUAAUACUCUUGGUCUACCCGUUACCAAUUGCAUGAUUGGGUUGGAUCGUAGGAAUUUACCUAUGGGCAUACAAGUUGUAGCCAAUCCGGGUCAAGAUCAUCUUUGUUUAGCUGUGGCUAGAGAGAUGGAACGAAGAUAUGGUGGAUGGGUGCGACCGCCAACAGAAGAAUCGACAAAUAAAUUAGCGUAAUUUUUCAUAUUAAUUUACACAUCACCCACACACACACAAGAGGUCUUUUUUUUGUACAUAAAAAAUAUAAAAAUUCAACUUAAUAGGUUAGGUUCAAAAGAAAAAUCACAUUAGGCUAUGUAAAAAAUUACAAAAAAGAACAAAAAACAUUACAAUUUUUGAAUCUCUUUUUUAAUUUGUGAACUCUUGUUUUUUGUUUGAUUUUUUAAUAGUUAAGUUUUAUUUUUUUUUUUUACUUCGAGGUAUUAAGCCAUUUUGUUAUUAUUAUUUCAUUAUACUCAUUAUUCUUAUCUAUUUCUUUUAACUCCAUAUGAACAAAAUAUU